UCUAAGUAGGUAAUUUUAGUUACAUGCCAUGAUGUACCAUAUUGACGGAUAAUUUGGUGAUGGAGGGUUAAUCACCCUAAUAUUGUGAAAUAAUACUUGUAAAAAGUUAUACUGAUAUUUUAUUUAUUUAUAAUUUGAAAAUAUUUAAUUUAUAAAAAAUGCCACCAAAAGCAAAACCUGGGGCUCCCAGUAAAAAAACCGAAGCGAAGAAAAAAGAAAAAGUGAUCGAGGAUAAAACGUUCGGUUUAAAAAAUAAGAAGGGCGCUAAACAACAAAAAUUUAUCCAACAAGUCGAAAAACAAGUUAAAAGUGGUGGAAUUCACCCUCGAACAGCGGUGCCUGAAGAUAAGAAGGCCGAAAAAGAGCGAAAGCUAAAAGAACAAAAAGAAUUGUUGAUGUUAUUUAAACCUGUUCAAGCACAAAAGGUCGAGAAAGGCACAGAUCCAAAAUCAGUAGUUUGUGCAUUUUUCAAACAGGGACAAUGUGGUAAAGGUGAUAAAUGUAAAUUUUCUCAUGAUUUAACAAUUGAACGGAAAGCUGAAAAACGUUCCCUGUAUUGUGACAUGCGUGAUCCUGGUGAUACCGAUGAUACAAUGGAAAAUUGGACUGAAGAAAAAUUACAAGAAGUUGUUGCGAAAAAACAUGGAGAUAUGAAUAAGAAAAUGCCAACCACUGACAUUAUUUGUAAACAUUUCUUAGAAGCUGUAGAAAAAUCUAAAUACGGUUGGUUUUGGGAAUGUCCAUCAGGAGCGAAAUGUAUUUAUCGGCAUGCAUUACCUCCUGGCUUCGAAUUAAAGAAAGAUAAAAAACUAAAAGAAGAUAGUAAGAAUAAAAUAUCUUUAGAGGAUCUAAUUGAACGUGAACGUGCAGCUCUUGGUCCCAAACAAACGAAAAUUACAUUAGAAACGUUUAUUGCGUGGAAGAAACGAAAAAUACAGGAAAAAAUUGAUCAAGCUAAGAAAGAUGAGGAUAAAAAACGGAGUGAUUACAAAGCUGGACGACAAGUUGGUCUUUCUGGUCGUGAAAUGUUCAGUUUCAAUCCUGACUUGGCUGAUGAUGGUGACAUGGAAGAUGGUGAUGAAGUUGUAGCUUCUUAUGCCCGCUCUGAAGAUGGAACUGAAGAUAAUGAUAACCAAUAUAGAGAACUCAAUUUAGAUGCAAUUACACUAGAGGCUUGCGAGGUUGACGGAUCAGGAACUGUAGCUACAGAUGAUAGAUUAACCAAUGGCCAACAGGAGAGCUCACCUGAAUCAACAUCAAAUUCAAGUGAAACCGUAAUCAAAGAUGCUGGAGCACUUCCGAUAAAUGAAAAUUUAUUUGUAGACGAAGAUUUAGAAGACUUAGAAGACGAACUAAACGAUUUAGAUUUGGAUCAGUGACCUUAAAUUCCUAAACACAUAUUUCGGUAAUUUUAUUCAUGAAGUGUAUAUUAACAAUAAUUAAUUUUUUAUAAAUUUAUUUCUUUAUAAUAAAUCAUGGCAAACGAAAUGCAAUAUUUCUGAUUUCAUUGGAAUCGAUAUGUUAAUUAUUGUAAAUGAGUUGGUUUAAUUAAAUAUUAUUUUAUUGA